UCGGUAUAAGAAAAAUGGGAUGGGUUCGACUUUCCUACUUCUUGAUCUUUCAUUGUUUGCUUCUUCAUUUCCCUUCUUACAAUUGUUUGUUGUGCAACCCUCGUGACAAAUCUGCCUUACUACAAUUCAAAAACUCAUUUCUUACUAACAUUUCAUCUUAUGUUGCUCUGUUUACAGAAGAUCUUUGUUCCUCGUAUUCUUCAAAUAUGAAAUCUUGGAAUAACUUGACAGAUUGUUGUGGGUGGGAUGGGGUCACGUGUGACAUCAGAUCAGGUUAUGUGAUCGGUCUCAACUUUUCCUGCAUUGAUCUUAGAGGUGAGCUACUUGGUCCUAAUAGUUCAAUUUUCAGUCUAAGACACCUUCAACAACUUACUAUUGCUUUUAGUGACUUUUCUGGAUCUUCGAUACACUCUACAAUCGGUGACCUUGUCAACCUCACCCAUCUAACUUUACUUAACUUUGGAAUGACUGGUGAUGUUCCCUCCACAAUCUCCCACUUGUCAAAGUUAGAAUAUCUUCUUAUAGGUAGCAUCAACUCGUUACUUAAUGAUCCCAUCAAAAGCUACUCCAAAAUGAGACUUGAUGAUUACACAUGGAACAGACUCAUUCACAACGCAACUAAUUUGAGAGAGAUUUAUUUGGAUGAAGUGAACAUGUCUUCUGUCGGAGAGAGCUCUUUGUCAUUGUUGACCAAUCUAUCAUCCUCUUUGCUUUCUCUCGUUCUCUAUGACACCCAAAUCAAAGGGAAAUUGCCCACGGCCAUCCUCCGCUUACCCAAUCUUCAAGAAAUAGAUCUGUCAUUCAAUGAAAACGUGAGAGGUGAACUUCCAAACUCCAACUGGACUACUCCACUAAUAAUUUUAAUUCUCCGUCAUACUGCUUUCUCAGGAUACAUUCCCGAUUCUAUUGGUCACUUAAAGUCUCUUUACAUACUACAACUUAACAGUUGCAAUUUUCAUGGAUUUAUUCCACCAUCAUUAUUUAAUCUUACUCAACUUUCUCAUUUAGAUUUAUCAAAUAAUAAAUUAGUUGGCCCAAUUCCAACCCAAAUCACCACACUUUCUGAAUUAUUGAUCCUAAAUUUGAAUGAUAACAUAUUAAACGGAUCAAUUCCUCGUUGGUGUUACUUUUUGCCUUCCUUAUCGUUCUUGUAUCUUAGAAACAACCAGUUCACAGGGUCAAUUGGUGAAUUCUCAACUAAUUCUUUGCAAUAUUUGUCUCUUUCUAAUAACAAACUGCAAGGUAAUUUUCCAAAUUCAAUAUUUCAACUCCAAAAUCUUACUUUUUUAAAUUUGUCAUCAAAUGAUUUGAGUGGUGUCGUGGACUUUCAUCAAUUUUCAAAGCUUAAAACUAUUUUUUAUUUGGAUCUUUCUCACAAUAGUUUGCUCUCACUAAAAUUUGAAAAUAAUUUUGAUUGUAUCUUACCCAACCUUCAAUACUUAUUUUUAUCUUCAAGUAACGUAAGUAGUUUCCCAAAAUUCAUAGCACCAAAUCUGGAAGAUUUAGAUCUUUCUCAUAACAGAAUUCGUGGAAGCAUUCCCAAAUGGUUUCAUGAGAACCUUUUACGCUCCUCGAAGAACAUUAGAUACAUUGAUCUAAGUUUCAACAAGUUGCGAGGAGAUCUUCCGAUUCCACCAAAUGGCCUUGAAAUCUUUUUAGUCUCAAAUAAUGAGUUGAGUGGGAACAUUUCUUUAGCAAUGUGCAAUGCAAGCACCCUUUUUAUACUCAACUUGGCUCACAACAACUUGACAGGACUUAUUCCACAAUGUUUGGCAACAUUUCCUUCUCUUUCGGUGUUGGAUUUGCAAAACAACAACCUUUACGGUAGCAUACCUGAUAACUUUUCUAAAGGAAAUUCCUUUGAGACUCUAAAGUUGAAUGGAAAUCAGUUGAAGGGACCAUUACCACGGUCUUUGGCUCACUGUACAAACCUUGAAGUUUUGGACCUUGGAAAUAAUAACAUAGAGGAUAUGUUCCCCCAUUGGUUAGAAAUUUUGACAACUUUACAGGUACUCAGUUUACGGUCAAAUAAAUUUCAUGGUGUCAUCACUUCUUUCGACACCAAACUUCCAUUUUCUAGGCUGAGGAUUUUUGACAUCUCUGGUAACUAUUUUACCGGACCCUUGCCAGUGUCAUACAUUCACAACUUUCAAGGAAUGAUGAAUGCGAAUGACAAUCAGACUGGUUUGAAAUAUUUGGGUGAAAAUAGUUUAUAUAAUGAUUCAAUAGUGAUUGUGAUGAAAGGGAUAUACAUAGAACUCACGAGGAUACUGACUGUUUUCACAAGCAUUGAUUUAUCAAAUAAUAUGUUUGAAGGAGAAAUUCCAAAGGUCAUUGGAGAGUUGCAUUCUCUCAAAGGGCUUAACCUUUCACACAAUAGAAUCACUGGUACCAUUCCACUGUCACUGGGUAAUUUAAGCAAUUUGGAAUGGUUGGACCUCUCAUGUAACCAACUGAAGGGCGAGAUUCCCAUGACUCUUACAAAUUUGAAUUUUCUCUCUGUCUUGAACCUUUCAAAAAAUCAAUUGGAGGGAAUGAUACCUAUGGGUGGACAGUUUAACACAUUUGAUAAUAUUUCCUAUGUUGGAAAUCUAAUGUUGUGUGGAUUACCCUUGUCAAGAUCUUGCAAAGGGAAUAAAGAAAUGUUACAACAUUCAACAUUUGAUGAAGAAUCAGGAUUUGAGUGGAAAGCAGUUGUAAUUGGGUAUGGAUGUGGGACGAUCUUUGGAAUAAUAUUGGGUUAUAAUGUAUUCUUUUCUGGAAAACCCCAAUGGCUUACAAGACUUGUUGAAGUUGUGUUUAAUGUGAGACUGCCCAGAACAAACAAUAGAAAGCACGUUAUUAGUUUGGGAAGAAGUUAGUUUAAUGUUUUAUGUGUGUUCAACUGUUUGUCUGUAUUUUCUUUUUUAUAAAACUUGUCUGUGUAUGAAAUGGUAUCAUAAUCUAUUUAGUUAU